AUGCCAGCCAAUCACUUCCAGUCCAACGCAGCGUUCCGAACGUCGACCCUUUCGUCGCCUGGGUCUGCUUCUCCCUACCAGACCCAACCGGCUAUCGGCCCAUCGAUGGUCCGCUCGACGGCUACCUCUGAAGCCAGCGUCUACCCUAUGAUUGUGGACGAGACCCCAUCUCGUGCGAGAGACGGCGUGAUAUACCUCAUGCCAGCGCCACCUCAUGCUGAGUAUUACAAUCGUCAGGUCAGAUGCUUCACUCUGCGCUUCGUACCCAGGGCAGGUCGCAAAGACAGCGCUGGUGCAGAUAUAUUCAUCGAAUACCACGCGGAUAAGGACACCACCUAUCGCAUCAACGUGACGAAGACUUUCAAGUUCAUCGAGCAAGAGAUCGAAAAGAACGUCGCGGGGUCUCAACGCAGCCGUAGUGAAGCUCGUGCAACUGGUGGCGUCCCAGGCCAUGUGCAGCGCCGCGACUUGGUGUAUACACUCGCUCACAGCACGACGCAUGUCGGGUCUCCAAGUCAUCUUACAGACAACCUCGCGCGUACCAAUUCUGUAACGCUCGCUGGCUGGGCUAGGCCCGCUUAG